GCCUGAAACUGAGACACACAGGCUCGGAGAGCAGACGAGCGCGCAACGUGUUUUAGUUGCGUUCAAACUCUUUAGUCUGUAAGUAGCCAAGCCGAUUGCUAACGCAAGUCAUAAAAGUAGUAGCUAUACAACAGGCGAGGCUCUCCAGCUCCAAACAGCACGAAGGCUACGAAACGAAUGCGAAUAACAGCGACGCGCGCGUGCUCGUGAUCGUGAUCGUUCAAAUAAAAGUGAGAGUGCUUUGCUCUCUUUCUCUCUCUGGUCUGCACUCUCAGCAGUCCGACAACAAUAAAGCGGAAAGAAAGUCAGUGCAGCAUGCGCGCCCAGAUCGUUUGAUUAGGUAAUCGAGCAAGAGAUUAAUGGCCUCUUGGCGCUCUCUUUAUAGAGAGGCGAUGAAAUUUAGAAGACGAAACAAAAGCGCUAAGGCAACGUUUCAAAUAUUUUUUGGUUGCUAUUUGUGAACUGAUUUUCAUAAUUUUAAAUAACUAUCGCUGACAAUCUAUGCAUUGCUAAUUUAGAAAGCGAUCAGCGCAGCGCAGCAUAAAAAUUCAGCUAGAUCCAAGUCCACUCACACACAUACAAGCUGAAGCAGUGUCCAUUGAACUAAAGCUGCUCCGGUCAGCUGCUUGAUACUUUGUUACAGUCACAGCUUACGCUCGGUAUUGCAAAUUGCUUUCUCCGUUACGGUCUCACAGUCGCGCGUUCAUCAUCGUCGCGUUGCGCCCGCGUCCUUCAGCUUGAAGUGCACUUGUUAAGUUUACACAAUGAACAUGAUACGCGUCACACUCUUCACCAUACUCAUCUCGCUGGUCAGUGUCGAUUCCGGCAACAACAACAACAACACACCCCAACUCCAACACCUGCGCACACACAGCAACACACCAUACAACAGCAACAGCUACAACAACAACAGCAGCUUAAGCCAAAAGACAGUUAAUGUGCCUGUGCUGCCGCAUCAGGAGCCACAACAGCAGCAGCACCAGCAGCAGCACCAGCAGCAGCACCAGCUGACAGACGCCAUUGCUAAUGCACGCGAUAAGCGAGGCGCACGAGCUGGCCCCAACCUAGAGCUGGACCAGAGCGAGAUAGCGCGACAGAAUCAAAUUACACAGCAGAUAUUUGCCAACUAUCUGGAGCGUCGGCUGUUUCCCAAUCGCAACGUUAGCCAAAAGAUACCCACCAUAGCGGAUAUACUGCCCAAGCCCAAGCCCUCGCGGCGUCCCAGACCGCGUGGCUUUGCGUCCAGCGGCGACAGCUUCAAAAAGAGCGCGGGCGGCUCUUUACGUAAUCGCUUAGCUGCCGCUACGGCCAAGCGAGGGUACAGCAAGAAGCCAGAGCCUUUUGAGGAUGCUCUAGAGGAUUUGUCAGAUCUGCAGCCGCAGGCAAAUAGCCCGGAUGACUUUGACUAUGAUGCGCAGGAGUCGCUGCAGAGCGUCGAAUCGGAGCAACACGAUCAGUACUAUGGCAAUAUAUUGCUGCGUGAUCCAAGCGAGAAUGAAAUCGACAGUGACUGCCCCAACUGUGUGGACGAGUCACAGUACACGCCGAAUAAGUGGACGAUGCCGUUGCUGAAGCUGGGCGAGAAGCGCUACUACCUCGGCAUCUUCUUCAAGGCGAAUUGGUUCAAAGCCACGCAGUAUUGUCGCUACCAUGGCAUGCACUUGGCAAGCAUUUCAUCACAGGAAGAGAACGAUAGACUGGAGAAACAUAUACGCGACUUUGGUUUGGGGCACGAGCAUUUCUGGAUAAGCGGCACUGAUCUGGCCGAUGAGGGCAACUACUUUUGGAUGGCCACGGGACGACCGAUCACGUUUACCAACUGGAAUGCGGGCGAGCCGAAUAAUUUUAAAUAUGAGAAUGGCGAGGAGGAGAACUGCCUGGAGCUGUGGAAUCGCGAUGGCAAGGGGCUCAAGUGGAACGAUUCGCCCUGCAGUUUUGAGACCUUCUUUGUCUGCGAAGUGCAGCCUUAAAGUCUGAGCUCUGAUCAGCUUGCAACUUAGUUACGUAUACGACAUGCAGCACACAAAAUUUGAAAGCAAAAAAAAAGAUACAAAAACAUAAACAAAGUAGUUAUUAUUGCAUAGUUUACUAGUUUAUUAAGCGCUUUUUGCUGUGUGUCUCUGCCGCUGUCUUAAUGUUAAUAAUACAAAAUUUCAACAGCAACGAAGCGAGUUUAGUUUAAACAUUUUGUUGGUGUUGUUGCCUAGUUAGUAAACUAAUUAAAUUAUACACUUAAACGCAAAAGGACUCGUGUAAAAAGCAAAUAAAAAAAUGUC